AGUUGCCUCACAGACGUCGAGCGGGAAGGUCGCGCGCGGGCGCUCCGUAGACCGGCGUCCGCUCUGAGACGAUCUGAGCUGGUGGCGUAAUGCCAGUCGCAGAGAUGCGUGAGACGCGCCGGCGUAUCCUGCAGGGAGUGUGUUCCUUGUGCGUGUGUGUUUAUCUCGGUGCAGUGAUUGGUCGAAGCGCUGCCCGAGUGGCUGAGACUGAGGUUGAGAGGGAGCCAUCAUGGCAGGAUCGUGCUCCGAUGUCGGUGGACUAUGGUGAAGAGACUGAACAGAGUCUGGAAACAGAGACUAGACCCAGUCCUCGGUUUGCGUAUCUCGUGGAGGCAGGUGCGACCACCACUCCGCCGCCGGAGCUUGUCGAGAAAACGGGACUCGAGGAUGUUUUCAUCAGUGUGAAGACGUCGGGCCAGUUCCAUGAGAGCAGGCUGAAGCCACUGCUGGACACCUGGGUUCCGCAUGUUCAGCAACAGACAUGGUUCUUUACCGACGUGGAUGACGCAGAGCUUCACCAGAAAACCGACGGUCACGUCAUCAACACCAACUGUUCAUCGUCUCACCGAAGAGAUGCACUCUGCUGCAAAAUGGCUGUUGAGUAUGAUACCUUCAUGGAUAGCGGCAAAAAGUGGUUCUGCCACUUUGAUGACGAUAACUACGUGAACACGGCUCGGUUGGCGGAGCUUCUAUCUGGAUACAGUCCUCAGGAGGACUGGUACCUGGGCAAGAACAGCAUCCGCACUCCGCUGCAGAUCAUGGACCGGGCGCACAAUGGGGACCGCGUCUCGUUUUGGUUCGGCACUGGCGGCGCCGGAUUCUGCAUCAGCAGGGCCCUGGCACUGAAGAUGUCGCCCUUUGCCAGCGGUGGCCGGUUCAUGCGGGUCGGAGAUAAGAUCCGUUUACCUGAUGACGUCACAAUGGGCUACAUUAUCGAGCACCUGCUGAAGACGCGUCUGACUGUAAUAGAUGAGUUUCACUCUCAUCUAGAGCAGAUGAAGUUUAUCCGGCCUACAGAGCUGGAUAAACAGAUCUCGUUCAGCUACUCCCAGUACGCUGAUGAGAUGAAUGUCGUCGAUCUGGACAUUCUCAGUGAAGAGAAGGACCCCACUAGGUUCUACUCACUUCACUGUCUACUACAUCCGAAGAAGGCGUUUUGCCCCCGCUGACGUCACCGCUCAGACCUGUGACGUCACUGGAGUCACAACAAGCAGGGCUUUCAGAACUUACCACUCGCGAUAGACAGUGCUGCCACCUACUGAGUGGCGAAUGAGCUUGGAGGAGACGAUGGUUCACCUACGAUAGUGCCUUUGGAUGGCCCUAGCUGUGCCAAUGGGCUUUGCUAGUGGAUGGUGAACCGCACUUUGGGUGCUUCUUGCUAGACUGGUCUGAAGCGGAGUCGCCCUAGGUUCCUGCGGGGUCGCCAAGGGUCUUACAAGGCCUUGUGGAGUGAUGUUGAGUACAGGGUAGGCACUAGGCAGGCAUAGACACAAUAAGGACAUGGGUGGUCGCCUAGACAUCCAGGUCCCCAUUUGUGAUCUCCAGCUGCAAAAGAGACAGUAUGGCCAUAUCCAUUUGUCAUAAUGCGUGUCGGGUAAGAGUUGAUGACUGUUUGUGCUCCGAGGAGGACAGAAGGCUCGAGCUUUUAGUUUAUGGUUUAAAGGGAAUAUUUCACACCCAUUUAGCCUCUUAAAUGCACUUGAUAAAAUUGUUCAAAUCGCACCAGAAUUGCAUUCGAUGUUUCAAAGUCGUUUGAUGCUUUGGAAUCGGUUCGUUCAAGCACGUUUGGUGUUGUGAUCUAUCCCCUUUAUACGAAUGCUUUGUACGUUGAUGGCUGUUCAGGUCGUGUUGAGAACCAUACAUUACGUUCCAUGUACUCGGUACUUUGUACCAAGGCUCUAUAGAACUUUGUACCGUACGUGUACCAUGUGCCUUGUACCGUGUGCAUUAUACCAUGUGCCUAGGACUGUGGAUCAUGGACUGUGGAUCGUAGAUUUCGGAUCAUGGAUCAUGAACUGUGAGUGAUUCCGUAUCAUUCUGUUCCGACGGCAGAAGACCUGGCUUUGCUGCUGCGGUGAAGCCAGCAUGAAAGGCAUAAGUGCUUAAGUUACGGCAGAACUCAGAGGUGAUGCUUAGCUGAUGUGCAAUAAGCGUAUGCCUUCUGAUCGUUCCGAGAGAGCUUCGGCCCACGCCACUGGGCUGGGAAUCAUUCGUAUGUCGUUGUGCUGCUGUGAUAGUGUAAUGGGUAUUGGGAGUCAUGAGAUAGAAAAUGCAUGUGACAAUACAACAUUGAACUG